UGCUUGCUUUGUUUGUAUAUUUUUUUUAUACAAGCUUUGUAAACAUGAUUAAAAUCUUUAAACAUUGUAUAUAGGUAUAGUUCAAACUGUAUGUAUAAUAUUUGAUUUUAAUUGGGUGUUAUUCAAUGAUUGAACAAUAUAAAAACAAAGCAAGCAAUCUAACUCAAGUAUUGCUCUACACGCUUUAGGAAUUUAGUAAAUUCAUGGGUUAAUUUGAAUUAUACAUCAUGUAUAACCAAAAGGUCAACUACAAAUUUUUAUGGUAUGUUGGUUAUUUGUUAAUUUUAAACUUUUGUACUCUAGUCUUUGUCUCAAACACUACAUAUUUCAGCAUUCUUUCAGCUAUAAUUAUCUCUGUAUCAGGAAUCAUAAUAAAUUAUGAAGUUAACCCUUUAUCUUGAUGAAUUAUUGACACUAAUUAUGAUUUAUUUCCAUUAUAUAAUUUAAGGAAAAUGUGAUGAUCCAAAAAGUCCUGAUUAUGUACCUUCUGUGAAAAUGGGAUAUGGUAGUUAUGGUGAUAAUGAAGUUUCAGCUUCUAAAAGUGUUGACAGGUAUAAGAGAGCUGUAAAAAGGACUGCUGAUCAAAAGGAGAGGGAAUGCAGAUUGCAAUUGGACUUUUUGAUGACACCUGAUGGCAAAGAAAAUGAUCAUCUGCCUUUACAAGACUUAGACUGCAAUGUUGAGUUGGAAGACAAAAAUGGUACAGGAGAAUUUGAAAAUUACAGAACACUAUUUGAAAAUGCUAUAAGCGAAAACAGAAUACUUAUAGAUAGACUGCAACAGCUUCACUUUGAAAAUAAUGUUAUGAAAAAUAAACCCCCUUAUAUAAGGGCUACAAGUCUAUCUUUGGAGAAGACUGAAGAGACAACAAAAUUUUAUACUGGAUUGCCGUCUUAUUCAUGUUUUAUGUGGUUGGUGAACUUUGUAACGUGUAUUAUACCUUCUUCUAAUAUUUUGAGCUCUGCAGAUAUACUUCUUUUGGUUUUAAUGAAAUUACGUUUAAAUUCCCCCCAUACUGAUAUUUCGUUUCGUUUUGGAGUUUCCCUUAGUUUGGUUACCAAUUUAAUUGACAGUGUCAUCCCUCAAUUAGCGCACAAAUUAAAGUGGUUGAUUCAUUGGCCAAAUAAAGAUGACAUUUUACGCUCUCGACCAGACUGCUUUAAGGAGGCCUUUCCAAGAUGUGUUUCAGUUAUAGAUUGCACAGAAGUUUAUAUAGAGACUCCAUCAAAUUUUACUGCUAGAUCAUGUACUUACAGUAACUAUAAGCACCACAAUACAAUUAAAUUUUUAGUUAGUAUUGUUCCGUGUGGUAGUAUUUCUUUUGUUUCACGUGCAUUUGGGGGGCGGACUUCAGAUAAGAUAAUUUCACUUAAAUCAGGAUAUCUUGACUUUAUAAACCAUGGAGAUGUCGUACUAGCAGACCGUGGUUUUCUUAUUAGAGAUGAAUUGGCAUCAAGGGGGGCGGAAUUAAUCAUACCAUCGUUUGUUAAGGGGAAAGACCAGCUUAGUGCCUUUGAAGUGGAAAGAAGCCGAAAUAUAGCUCAUGUACGAAUUCAUGUAGAAAGAGAAAUGGAGCGACUGAAAAAUUUCCGUAUUUUGUCUGGAAAGAUGUCAAUGAAUAUGGUGCCACAUUCUGACAGUAUUAUGACAAUUUGCUCUGCUAUUAUAAAUAUGCACCCUAAUAUUGUUCAAUAACUGAUUACCAUAUUUUUAUUUAAGGGUGUACUUAGGUGAAAUUGAAUAAAUAUAGAUAUUUAAAAUUGUACUAAAUGCUGGAAGAGUAUUAGUAAAGGAUCAAAAUUAGCUAAAGAUAUUGUUAGGUCAUGCAGCUCCUUUUCGAGAUAUUUGAUUUAUAAAAUAUAGCGGGAAAAGGCUAACUCAGACUUUAAUUUUUAUAUUUUAACUUAAUAUAUUUUCAUUGGUAUUAUUUGGGUCUCGAUUUAAAAGAAAGAAACUCAAAAAUCUGCUUAAACUUUGGUAAAUAGCCCUUAAGCUAAUUGGUAUAAAUAAAGGAUAAAUUGGUGUUAUUGGGUGAAAUAUUUCACCUUUUAUCAUAUGGAAAAAGAAUCCAAACAUCUGACACAAAUUCCAAAACUUCACCUAAGUACAUCCUUAUUUAAAGGUAAGGCCAUUGAAUAUUAAAUCUUUUUAAGUGACAGAUGAAAUUGGAAAAUUUAAAAUUCAGCUUUAAAAACAAUAUUUUGGAAUCUUUCAGCUUUUGGUGAAACAAAUUCAUUAUGGUUACAAAACAUAAUUUGCAGAACAGGAUGCAACCCUCUGGCGCACUGUGAAAAGUCGUAAGGUUGUAAGUCACUGGCGUAGAUGGAAUAAGCUCGUAAACUUGACCUGCUGCAAAUUAAAUCUUGCUUGUCUAAUGUGUAUUGUUAUAAAUUAUUAUUCAUCUGUCAUUUGAUAAGGUACAUCAUAUAUGUUUUAUGUUUAUUUCAUGUUUAAAAUAAUAUUUGCCCAAACCUCAAGUCAUUCAUGGUUUAUUGACUUGGUUGGAAUUUAUAUGGUAUAUUUGGGGUAGAAAUUAAUUGAGCUGAAGCAGUCAUGUUCUGUCAGCAAUUACUAGAUAGCUUAAUAAUAAUUAAAAGUAUUUUUUAAAUUCAAGAAAUCUUUAUUUUUAUGUGAAUUUUAUGCAAUUUUUAACCCAAAAUAUCUCAACAGAGAACAGAAAUAAAUAUUGAUUUAUUUCCAAAUGUAUUAUUUACAUAGUCCAUCAUAAAAUUCAAUAUCUUUUUGGCCUGAAAUAUCAUCAAUAAUGAAAUAAGAAAAUAUUUCCAUAAAUCUUUGAAUUUUGUUAAUAUCUUUGUUUUUUUUUACAUGUACCUUAAAUAUCAAUCUUAAAUGUAUAAAUCCCUAAAUAUGUGAUUUUUGAGGAUUUUUUGCCUUUUUAACAAUAAAAAUGCAGAAUUAGUGAUAUAUUGAAUUUUGAAAUUUGUUUUCAAAUAGAAGACAUGGAGAUGGUAAAUAAAUCAAUGAUGAAAAUAUUUUUUUGGGACAGGUCCAUCUUUGGUACUUAAUGAACCUACAGUAGUCCAUUCUUUUGAAAAUAAAAGGUAAAUUUUAUUCAUUUUUAAUGGGUAAAUGAAACAAAGAAUCCUCAACUGAAAUUGUUUUAAAAAAAUGUAUUCAGCUAUUAAAGGCAUACGAUACAGUUUUGAACCUGUAUUUAAAGAUUGAUGAUAUUUUGCUAUAUAGGCUAUUUUGUACCUGAUUAAUAUAAAAUAUGUAAUAAAAAAUAUACCUUCAUGUGCUACUUUCUGAGUAAAAUGAGAGCAAAAUUUUGUAUAUUUGCUCAAAAUUCAGAUUUGUGUCCGUAUUUUAUUUUUCAAAUGAAAGACAUAACUUUUUUGUUUUAAAAGACACAAAUUAUUUUGUUAAAUGAUCUGUAAUUUUUAAGUAUCAAUAAAAAUAAAAAAGCGCUAUUUCCAGUUUUAAAAUAUUUUGGUCACAUAAUCUCCUUGCAAAAUGAAAAAAAUUGUCGUUUUAAAAAAUUGGGAUCCAUGCACUCGUUUUCAAAUUAAAUCAGUUUGAAUGAUAAAAAUCAGUUGAAAAAUGCAUUUUUUCCCAAUAUGUCAUAGUUUGACAUCACGAAAAAUAACAUGUUAUGUUAGCAAUGUCAUUACCUCCCCUGUAACUGUAUUGUAUGCCCUUAAAGGGUACACCAAGAAUUGUCCAUGCUUUAAGAAUAGGUUUUGUUAUAAAUAUAUUGUAAAAAUGAUUGCUGCUCACUACUUCUACAAUUUAUUUUUUACAUUUUGGACAAAGCCACUUUCCCCUUGGUUUCCUUACAAUAUUAACACAUUGAUAAUGGUACCAUCCAAUAUCACACGAGUCUCCAUCACAGAAAAUCAUCUUGCCAUAUUCUGGUUCUUCACACAAGCAAUAUUUCUCUUUUGUGACAUCAUUGACUGAAGUGUUUGCUACUUUAUAAUCAUGUAGCAAUUUCCUUGUAAGUAUCUCUGGGAUUAAUAGCUCUUUAACAAAGUAAGUGCACUUACUUAUUAAAGUAUUACAAAACUCAGGAUCCCUGCAAAUUCUAACGAUAGCAAGCAAAAGAACAUCAUUUGGACUUGUCAUAACAACAAAAUCACAAUAUUCAGUGUCAUAGACAAACAUUUGAAACUGAACCUGAGUGUAAUAUUUGUGACUAUUUUUCAAGUGUAAUUGUGUGUCCAAACAAAAGGUAGGGUCUUCUUUGGCCGCAUCCAUUGAAGAUUUGUCUUUAUGCUUGUGAGGACAUUUUAUCUCCAGGGUUCCUUGUCCACAACAACUACAUGAAAUAACACCAUCAGCUGAAGCACCAAGAAAAUAAUUUUGUUCAGAUAUCUUCAAUCCAGAUAAUUUACAUUGAAAAUUUGAAUGGUUUUUCUCCAUAUAUUGGAUGUAGGUAUCUCUGGUUAUUGCUUCUUUUUCCAGUCCCCAUUUGAUGGCCACUUUCUUACUUAGAUCAUAUGAGUUGUAUCCUGAAAUUCUCAUAAUCAAUUUAUUUGGAUUUGUAGUUGGUCUUAAUGUUAAAACCUCAUGAGCUUUUGAAGCUGUAAUUCUACCUUUUCUAUGUUCAAACCAUAGGGGACUUAUGUUUUGUGCUUCAGUAAUUUUGAAAAGAUUGGCAGAUUGAGAAAUUGAGCAAUGAUAGUUCCUAAAAAGUUGAUCUGAUUUGUCGAUUAAUUCCUGUAAAGUAAGUUCUUUGUUAGUGACAUCAUAAAAACUUGUAAGAGGUCUAGGUAAUUUUUCUUCUUUUGUGUGUUUCACCUUGACUGAUGUUUCUACUGUUACUUCUUCAUUCAUCGGGGGAAUUAGAGAAAAGAAUGCAGCAUUAGGACACACCUUAGAAAGAGAUUCUAACACAGCUUUGUCUGGUAAUGGAUCUUUGCUUGAUGGUAUAACACAUUCCAAUUUCUUUUUUCUGUUACUGUUCAUAAGGUGCUGUAUGUCCAUAAUUGAGCUGACAUCAACCUAAAAAACACAAGGAUUACAUUUUUUUAGCUGACCAGGUCAAAGGCCAAGCAAAUUUCAGAUGGACUUUACCAAAAUCUCUAUAAAUAAUGAGCAAAAUAUAAACAAAUUUUUGAGUUAUCUUUCCCUUGUACAAUAUUUUGUAGACUGUUUAUGCUCAAUUGUAUAGUAAAGACAGUAGUUAUUACAGUAAUCUGUUUUUGUAUGCUUUAUAGAUUCUGUAUACAAAUAAUUGAAGGAAACAAGUCUUUUAUUUCAAUUUAAAUGGAGCUGCAAACUGUAUUCAGAAUUAUCAGAGUUAUCUCUCUUUGCAUACUUAUUUUGCACAUGUAUUAUUGUCUUAUUUAUUUAGCAUUUGAGUAAUUUGCAAGUAUUUGUGAAUAAUUUAUGUUUUUUUAUAUAUAUUGUUUUUUGUUUGGAAUGAGUCAUUGGCUUAAUAAGCUCAUGAUGAGGUUGACGUGACAUGACUUAUAAGGACAAAUCAAGACUUUGUACAAGUAUCAGCCAUGUAACAGGAUUGAAGCAAUGUAAUUGAAAAUACAAAAUACCAUAUAAAAGAAAUUGUAUCUGUUCUUAAAAAUCAAGAUUACACUAAAUUUGAUUAUUUGAAACUUGAUAUAAUGUUAAGUUAUUACUAGACAAAAAAUAGCAUGUAAUGUUUAUACAUUAUUUAAAUGAAUCAAAGUCUGUACAAAGAAAUGUAUUAUUGCCAUGAGGAGAUGAUUGACUGUCAAUUUAUCUUUAGACAUUACUACUUGAAUAAAUCUGAUUAAGGAAUGUAUCUAAAAUAAAGUCUAUGUAUGUUA